AUGGAUGCUCGCGAGUUCUUUCAAAAGCUGGACACAAUGACAAAAGAAGAGGCAUUUGCUGCGUACAGCAUUAAAUACUACACGGUAGAUGACCUUCUUAAUGACAAGGUCAUUGGAAAGGGGGUGAGAAAGCUGUACGAGAAGAACUACAUGCUGGACAGCAACAUAUAA